AUGUCUAAUAACCAAUCGAAUAACAUAGAUAAUGAUGACGAUGAUGUUCCAAUGUCGAUCGAAGAAACCGAUCAAACAUUGGAUGUUUCAAUGUCAGUCGAAGAAACUGAUCAGACACCUGAUGUUCCAGUCUUCGCACAAAAUCAAACCCUCGAACAAGUGCGACGACGAACAUUUUCUCAUUGGCCACAUGCUUCACCAGAAUUUAUUGAUCAAAUGAAUCAAGCUGGAUUUUUUGGAUGUAACGUUGAUGAUCGUGUUGUAUGUAUUGAUUGUGGCCUUAUGUGUCACCAAUGGAUACCAAAUAAUGAUGAUCCAUGUGAGAUUCAUAGAGCUAUUUCACCUAAUUGCCGAUAUGUACAAUCAAAAUUGAUGAACUACCAACCACCACCACCUCCGCCCCGACCUGUAAUAAAUACUGAUCUCAGUCCAACAGUAAAUGUAACCCAAUCUCCCACAAAUGUCUCAUCUCCUAUCAAUUUAACUGAAUAUGAGAUAGUCGCCAAAGCAUCUCCUAACUCUCAAUACAAUGAAUUGAUUAAACGAGUAAAAUCAUUUGAUAACUACCCUUAUAGAAACUUCGUAUCCGUUGAUAAUCUUGCUCAAGCUGGAUUCUUUUAUAGUGGUACGAAAGAUAUGGUCACCUGUUUUUAUUGCAAUAGAUCAUUAGAAGGUUGGAACUUACGUAAUGAUCCUAUGAAUGAACAUUUACGAAGGUCUCCUCAUUGUUCUUAUGCACGUCAAUUAUGUGGUGAGGAUAAUGUGUACCGAAAUGGUGUGAGAUCUCAACGUCCACAACUAGAGCAACACAGAAUUAAUCAAUGGGCUACAAUAAAUCAUAACAGUAGAUCCAGUACGAAUAUUUUGGCUAUUAAUCGUCUAGCAGCUCUACCUAAUGCUGAUGAUACAAUAAAACGUAUGGUCACUGCUCGAUUAGAUUUACCCAUGUCACAGCGAUUAGCAGGGAUUUUUGGAGCAUCAAUUGUUAGACAAUGUUGGGAAGAUCAGUUACGAAUCAAAGACGAAGAUUUUGUUUCUGAAUUUGAUCUUUAUAUGGCUUGUAGAAUUCUUCAGAAAAAAAAUCAAUAUAUUAAUAGUAACAGACCUGGAAAUAUUGUUAUACCAAGCGUUAGAAUGAGACAACUACAACUGGAAAAAAUGCGAGAUAACAUUAGAUCACUAUCUACUCGUCUUAAAACAAUACAAUCAACAGUAACUGGUACUCAGGCACAAGAGUUACCAAGUAACUUAAUACCAUCCAAUCCUUGUGUUCUUUGCUUGACGGAAGAAAAACGACUUGCUUGUAUACCUUGUGGUCAUUUAGCCACAUGUGUUCCAUGUGGUCAUUCAUUAAGAUCAUGUCCAAUAUGUCAGCGUGAAAUUGAAGCAUUUGUCCGAAUAUACCUUUAA